GAGGAGGUAGAAGGGGUAAACCAUUAGGCCCGUUCGGGAGGUAUACUGUAUCAGGUUAUUUAUCUGCCCUCUGAACGUAUAAAGAUCCUAAUGAGCGACCGCACGAGCAGCGAGUGUUGAAAUAAUCAGCUAUUGGAAAAGAUUCAUUGGCUGUUUCACCCACCUCUACUUAAUCAUCUGCACUCCAAAAAUACCGAAGAUGUGGGAAAGCCCACGACCACCACUCAACUCCGCUUUUAGGGGACGCCCUGAAGAUCCCUUUAAUCCUUCAAGAUUACCUCAAGGCUUUAACCCUAGAAUUCGAGGGCCUGCAAUCAGAGGACAUCCUCCUUUUCCUUUUCAUGGUGCAACAAGAGGACUUCAUCCCCGCCUUGCCGGCCAUGGAGUUGGUCCAUUUGCCCAAAAGUCCAUGGAUAGAAACUUAGAUGGAUUCUGGGAAGAGGGGAGGAACUUUCACGAUGAUCAGUCAAGGAGUGGGGACUACUAUCAAGAAGAAAUGAAUCAGGGUUUCCCUAGGAGAGAAAGGGUUCCUAUGAAUUUCAGGGCUCGAGAGAUGCCAGCAGCAACAUCUGUGGGAUAUGGAGAGAGGGAGGCUCCUGAUAAGGAUUAUAGAUCCCAUACAGCCCCAGAUAUGGACUAUCGAGAGAGGGGAGGAUCACUUGUGAACCAAAGUAACAGAGACGUUCCAGAUGUGGAUUACAGAAAUGCAGAGUUCCCUGCUGUUGCAUACAGAGAGCGUCUUCCUCUAGCUGCUAUAUCUAAGGAAAGAGAAGUCAUAGAAUACAGAGAAAGGCUAGCACUUCUCAGAGAGAGAGAGGCUGCUGAGUUGGAACACAGGGAGAGACUGGCAAUGGCCUUGGAGUACAGAGGUAGAGAGGUUGCAGCAUUAGAAUAUGAAAAAAGAAUGACUGCCAUGCUGGAACUCAGAGAGAGAAGAGCUCCAGAACUCAGAGAAAGAGAGGCAGCAGAGAUGUUGCUCAGAGAAAGAGAGGUAGCUGAGGUGUUACUCAGAGAGAGGGAGGCAGCAGAAUUAUUAUUAAGAGAGAGGCAGGCUGGGGCAUUAAGGCUCAGAGAGAGGGAUGCUGCAGCUAUGGAUUAUAGAGAUCGAAGGAUUCCUGAUCAUUAUAGAGAGUGCAACUCUUCAGAAACCGCUACACUUAGAUACAGAGAGGGAGCAAGGUCAAACUACCAAGAAAGAAUAGCCCAUUACAAUAAUACUGGCAACACUGCAUUAUCCUAUACAGAUGAUAACAAAGUAAACCCCAAUUACAUGGACCAUAGAGACGAAAGUACCUUGGUAAUAGACUACGCAAACAAAGAGAUUGUAGAUAUGGACCUUAGGGAGAGAGAGACUGCAGGAGAAACAUAUAAGGAGCACAAGACAAUAGGUUACAAAGAACAGGAAACUAAAGCGUACAGGAAAAAAGGUGGUUUGGAGUCAACUAAGAAUGAGGCCAUGUCUGUAAAGAGUGCAACUGGAAACCGAGACAACACCAUUCCAGGGUUAAAUUAUGGAGAAAAUACAGACUCCGAUUACCGUGCUAAAGAGAGUGUGGACACAGAUUACCGUGAGAGAGAGAGUGUAGAUGCAGAUUACCGUGAGAGAGAGAGUGCAGACUCGGAUUACAGAGAGAAAGAUGGCUUAGAAAACUUGAACAAACAUAAAAUAGAGAGAGAUCGUGUGACAGCUGAAGCUCGCAAAGAAAAUGAGACUAAAGAUCUCAAAUUUAUGGAUCCAGCAGCCCCAGAUUACAUGGACAGACCACCCCCUACUUCAACUGGAAAGUCAUACAAACAGAUAAAGAGCCAGACCCCGGGUGUUAAAAAAGUAUAUGGCAGUCCCUCUUCUGGUUUCAAAGAGUGGGCUGCUGCUGCAGACGGUUCUCAGAUGGAAGCCGCCCGACAGGAGAAAUCUUCCAAAACAGCUUCUUCUGAUGGAGCAGCUGCUAGUAGGUGUAAACAAGCUAACUCCCCAGGGAAAUUAGAUACAGACUUCAGAGACCAACCAAACCCUGAGGUAGGAUACAAAGGGGACUCCAUCAGGGAGAAACCUUGUUCCGACUUGUUGGGUACUUGUGACCAAGAUUUGCGCAGCAAAGAGAACUUUGCAGGGCGUUCUAACGGAGGUAGCUGCGACCAGGAUUUCCGUACAACAGCAGGCUAUGUGCAAAAGAAAGAUGAAGAUCUCAGAGAUGGAAAGACAGGGACAUCUGGUGACUUUGUUACUCAGAAUUCUCUUAUUUUUGACUUUCUGCAGCUGGCAGCCCAAGAGCUAAGCCAAAAGCAAGGACAGAUGCCCGGGAAAUUAGGAAAAGGGCAGCAAACUCCCUCUUCCACGCCUGUAAAGCCACCUGUAAUGGAUUUCAAAGAGCCCCACCUUUCACACGAAGCCAUACGAAGCAACGACAAGCGAAUAGAUAAUAGCCCUGAUGAGAUUGAAUUUAUAGGAAGGCAAGACGCUGAUUAUAGAAACAUGGAUUAUAAAGAUGUUGACCUGAGGGUAAAGUAUGACCAAGAGAAGCGCUCAAUGGAUAAAAGAUCUCGUGAAGAGCUCCAGACUGGGAGUAAGGAUAAGGAUUAUAGGAGGGCUUCCCUGCCUGAAGGCGCCACAAGAAUUUUAUGGAUGGAUGGUCUGCCAACUGGUGGAUCUAGAGAAGAGAUCCUGUAUGCUCUGUACACCGCCAGCAAGAUACCUGAAAAUGUGAAUCUUAUUGGAUAUAUCCCAGGUUACAGCCUCGGCUCUGUCUGCGUGGAGUUUUCCCUCGUGGAAGAUGCCGUCCGAUGCAUGGAAGCCAACAAGGGCUCCUUUUUUUUCAAAGGCAAAAAGGUUACUUUGAAAUACAUCCCCAAUUCAGACAGGUGGAACUGCCAGCAGUGCAAGGUGGUUAAUGUCUUAUCUAAGGAAAGGUGUUGGCAGUGCAGUGCUUUGAGGUCAGGAUCAGACCAUGUCCCACUCAAAGAUUACCCUAAAGAUGCCAAGACAACCCCGGCUCCGCCAGCGCAGCGAGGCAAGAAGCGCAAGACCAAGCAAAGUGCCGUUCCCCACAGCCCAGAGAAGUGGAAAGAAAAGACUCCGCCAAGAGAGAAAUCUUUCCCAGCCAUCCAAAAGCAUCCGAAAAAGGGAACACAGCAGGCAGAUUUGGAGAGUAAAACUGUUAUAUUGAAGGGACUUCCUUGGGACACUUGUUCGGAGAGUGUGUUAAAGGCACUAGAACCCUUUGUAGAAUUGUCUCCUCGAAAUGUCCGCAUCAUGAAGUAUCAUCAUGGCAGUCAGAGAGGGGCCAACUUUGCCUUCAUAGACCUCAAAAGUCACAAGGAAGCAGCGCGGCUCACCGCGCAGGUCCAUCAGCUAAAGCCUCCUCUCACCAUCAAUGGGAACCACGUCACGAUUGAAGUCGCGGUUUGGCAGAGGAGAACUGAAUCUUCCAGGAAUGAGCAAGGCAGAUUCCAGAGGUCUCCUAAAAAUACACCUGUGGGCCAGGCUAAGCGCCAGAGAGGCCAACGUAGAGGAGCAUCUUACACCGGGCGAAGAGCUGAUGCUGACGGUGAUGGAGCGAGCUAUGUCUUUGAUCCGAACACAGGCCUCUACAUUGAUCCUUUGACAGACAUGUACUAUGAUCCUGAAACACAGAAAGAGGUUCCCUUGGCAAAAGAAGGAGCACACCAUAGAGAGGAGGAGGAGGACUUCGUAGAAGACAGGGCCUCCGAGGCAAGAGAACAGAGGAGAACCCCAGGGAGAUAUCACAGCCCAUCUCCACCCCGGCUGAAAACAGAUGGCCGUCAUACAUGUACGUCAGAUCGUGAGGAGCAUGAAAGUGAACCCCAGAGGAAAAGGGCUUUCAGAGAGGACAUGGGGAAAGCAGGAAAUGAAGAACUUUUUAAGAAGCCAUUACCUCCACCCACUACUAAGAAGGACCAGUCAAGUCCUGAGCCAAAGGUAAACCCUCUUAUAGGGCUUAUUGGGGAAUAUGGAGAUGACAGUGAAGAGGAAGAGGAUCAAGAGCAGUUGUUACUACCGCCAUUACGCAGGAAGACACCUCCUCGUUCACCACCACGAGCACCUGUACCACCUCCAAAACCAGUUCAAAAACCAGCCCCCUCAGUUAGCACCAUCCAGGAUAAUCUAACAGACUGGAAAAAAAUGGCAUGUCUUCUGUGCCGCAGACAGUUCCCCAACAAGGAUGCCUUGACCAGACACCUGCAGCUGUCAGACCUGCACAAGCAAAAUCUGGCUAUUCACCAAAAGAUCAAACAGUCUGAGAAGGAGUUGGCAUACCUUCAGGAGAGGGAGAGAAAGGAAAAUCAGUCCAUACAGAGGAGGUUACAGGAGGCAAAAAGAGAGCUGGAGCAGCUGGAGCGAGAGGAGGGCGGAUGGCAGGAAACGGAUGAAUAUCUGCAAACACCUGAGAAAAAGAAGCCAAAGGUCUCUGGUUCUUCUUUCAGCAAGGACUGUACAGAUGGCAAGAAAACCAGGACCAGAACGACGGUCUCCGUGGGUCCGAAACCCGCCAGCGAGUCUUACAGGGAGAACCUUAGGAAAAUGACCUUGGCACGGUUUAAGAAUUCAUAUGAAAAGUAUUUACAAAGCAUUUGA